AUGUCCUCAGCACCAGAGACUUCUGGGGCGCUGCUCUUCCCUGCUCCACUUGCUCUGCAGCUCCCAGAGGAGGCGGUAGGUGCUAAGAAGGCAGACCUUGCCAAGCUGGCCGACAAGAUGCUGCGGACCCCGAAGUGCUCGCGGUGCCGGAACCAUGGUUUCCUGGUGCCAGUCAAGGGCCAUGCUGGCAAGUGUCGCUGGAAGCAGUGCACCUGCGAGAAGUGCUACCUGAUCACUGAACGCCAGAAGAUCAUGGCCGCGCAGAAGAUGCUCAAGAAGCAGGCCUCUGAGGAAGAGCAUGAGUUAGCCUCCGGGGCCACGGCUGUUGCCUCGGCCUCCAGCUUCCACCCGCUGCCUCAGCUUGCAGCUUCUGGAGACGCGGAGCCAGCGGGCCCCGAGGGCCGCGCGGCCACCUACGUGCUGGAGAGACCACCGCGGGGCCCGAGCCCCGGCCCAAGCGCCUUCCAGCCAGUUCUGGGCGGCCGCGGCCACAUGGGGCCCAGCGAACGAGCUGCUGUGGCUGUGCCCAGUCUUGUGGGGCCCCAGCUCGGGGUGGAGGCCGCAGGCAGGGGAGGCCCCGGCCGCCUGGAGUUGCGCAGGCCCAUGCGUCCCGUGCCCAGUCCGCCGUUCGCCGACUUCGGGUUCUCUCUGAGCAUCAACUCGGAUUGUGCAGUGGGGUCUGAGUACCUGGAGAGAGAGCCUUCCAAGUUGUACCCCGGUUGCUCCAGCAUGCACACUUACCACCCGUUCCCGCUGGGCUACCAGGAUGCAUCCCCGACCCCGGGGAUCCCCCUGCAGUGGGGCUUUCGGCAUGUGUCCUGCAGCCACUACCAUGGAGGAGGCUUGGUGUCGGAGCCAGUGGGAGACUUCCAGCCAAGCUACUACCCGCCGCUGCCGCCACCACCACCGCCGCCGCCCCCGCCCCCGCCGCCUCCGCUGCAGCCACUGCAGCCCCAGUUUCUCCCGCCAGGCUUCCUCUCUGCGCUCCACUUCCUGCCACCGCUGCCGCCUCCACCACUGCCGCCACCAUCAUCUUUCUCACUGACCAUCGUGUCCGAUGCGGACAAGGAGACCACUGAUGACCAGGAUGCGGAAGUGCCUCGUGAGCCCAACCAGGAGUCAUCUCAGGAGCGCUCCGACUAGGCCCAGGCCCUCGGGCUGGCAGAGUGGGGCAUGGGGGUGUGACAGCAAUGAUUUUCUUGUCGGUGUUCCGUGAUGUGUAGGGCGGGAGGAUAGUGAUAGGCAUAGAUCUAGUUAAUUCCCAUUUCAAGAUAAGAGGAAGGAGGGUGAUUUCUAAUGUUCUUUCCAUCCUGAGAUGUGGGCUCGAGCAGGAGAAUGGAGGAUGAAUUUACCAGGGGAGGGUCAGGGCUCCAAGGACUGGGGAGGCUGGUGGAAGCUCACAUUUAGGAAUGAAUUUGACCAUCUCUGAGUUGUGCUACUGUUUCUCUUUGAUUUCCUCCGGCCCAGUUCCAGAACAGGAGGCACCAUCUAUUUCAGCCUUCUGGAUCCCCCACGGGGGGCAGCACUCACGUCAAGCUUGCAGCACAUGCAGGUGGCUAGUGUGAGCAGCCAGAGCCAGGGUACUGGCAGCCGGUCCUGCAGCGUCCUUCUUGCUGCCUCAUCUCCCACCACCUCCCUGCCCACUGCCCCUCACCCCUUCUCCGAGGGGCUUUGCUGAGUAAGCAUCAUGACUCUUGGGGCUGCUUCACCUCCCCUCCAUAAAGUUCAAGCCGUUAUACCAUGUUUCCCGGAAAAUAAGACCAGGUCUUAUAGUAAGGUUGACUCCAAAAGACGCAUUAGGGCUUAUGUUCAGGGGAUGUCCUCCUGAAAAAUUAUGCUAGGGCUUAUUUUUGGGGAAACGCGGUAUCAUUUCUGUUUUUUAAAAAAAUCUAUUAAAGUUUGACUGUUUGAUGUUUUUAUAGUGAUUGCCAACUUAAAAAAGGAGGCUGUUUGUUCAGUUCUCAGAGAAUAAAAUGGUGCUGCUGAAGCACCUAUGAC